AGAACAAUCUGUCUGAUAACACAAAAAUGGAUCCCAGCCACGACUCCUUGUCUGCGAGCUUGUUCAAGUGGGACUCAAGAAACCAUGCAGCCAAUCCGCCACCGCAGAACCGCCUCGUGGAGGUGCUUGCACCGCCGCAAAUGCCCCCGGCUCCGCCUGCAUUAUCGGGACUCGAGGAGCUCUUCGAACCCUACGGAAUCCGUUAUUUCACUGCAGCCAAAAUCGGAGAGCUAGGGUUCACGGUCAACACUUUGUUGAACAUGAAAGAUCAGGAACUUGACGAAAUGAUGACCAGCUUGUCUCAUAUUUUCCGCUGGGACCUUCUCGUCGGUGAACGAUACGGCAUCAAAGCCGCCGUGAGGGCUGAGCGCCGCCGCAUCCUCGAGCAAUAUCAUGAGAUCCACCGUCACCCUUACCUCCAUGAUCAAAAUACCAAUCAUGCCCUUGAUGCUUUCUCUCAAGAAGGAUUAUCGGAGGAGCCGGUUCAACAAGUGCAUGAGGGCACAUGUAGCAAGAGGAAGCAACGAGGAAAAAACAUUCCGGGUAGACUGAGUUCUCACAAUGCUUGCGAGAUGGAGAGCGAGGACGAGGAGGACGAAAAUGUGUGCGAGAGGCAACGAGAGCAUCCCUUCAUCGUGACGGAGCCAGGAGAGGUGGCUCGCGGGAAAAAGAACGGCCUGGAUUAUCUCUUCAACUUAUACGAGCAGUGCCGUAGCUUCUUGAUCCAGGUUCAGAACAUUGCCAAGUCCAGUGGUGAAAAGUGCCCCACAAAGGUUACCAACCAGGUGUUCAGGUACGCCAAGGAGGCCGGGGCGAGCUACAUAAACAAACCGAAAAUGCGGCAUUACGUGCACUGCUACGCUCUCCACUGCCUGGACGAGGAAACGUCUAAUGCACUGAGGAGAGCCUACAAAGAAAGAGGCGAAAACGUUGGCUCCUGGAGGCAAGCCUGUUACAAGCCUCUCGUCAACAUCGCUUCUCGUCAAGGUUGGGAUAUCGACCUCAUCUUCAGUACUCAUCCUCGUCUUUCGAUUUGGUAUGUUCCGACCAAGCUCCGCCAGCUCUGCCACGCUGAACGCAGCUCGCGUGCCGCGGCUACUUCGUCCUCCAUUAAUUACUGCAGCUGAUCAGUAAUUAGUGUGGCUAAUUGUCUGGCGAUCUACUAGCGAGUAGUAUCUAAAU